AUUAUCCAGAAUAUAUAACAAGUGUGAAUGUGGAGAUAGAGCCACUGAUGGAAACGGAAGGCAACGAGUUUAAGUUCGUCUGUAAUUUUGUGGCGUCAACAAAACCCGCACAUAAUGACAUAUGGUAUACUGUCACGUGGUAUGUAAAUAAUAAACUAAUCAAAACAGUGGAUCCUUUCCAAAAAUCAGCCGAUAUGCAAACCAAGACAUUGUUGAUUGGAACGGAAAUCAAAGCGGCUGGUAUAAAGACAGUUGGAUUUCAGAUACGAUGUGGCUACACAGUUAGCAAAACGGUCGAUUCGACACCUAGCCCAGUUACAGAUAGUAGUAACAGAUUCAUUGGGAUUGAGAUCUUAACACCCACAGUGUAUGUGAAAGAUGGCGAAGACGCAAUUAUCACUGUAAGAGCAACAGCACCCAUUGGUUGUUUUGACGCUCUUCCCUGUGAAUUAGAAGUAAAUUUACUCAAAGUGAAAGAUAACGACGAUUGCGCCCUGUCACCUUCUUUUUCGAGGUGUGGAUUCAAGAUCAAAGGAACGAAAUGGCAUGCCAAUUAUAGUAUUACCCUCAGGGGUAGCCUUCCAGGUUUAAAUGCCAAUCCAGUUGCUGUAACGUUUGUACACUUGAAAACAGUGGAGGAUUACUUCCCGCAACAAAUCUGGGGGAACCAGACGAUUGGCACUGUGAAAGUCGUAGUUUCUCAGGAUACAACUCCUAUUAAAGGCAAGGAGUGUCAUGCUGUAUGUGAUCCACACAUCAAGACGUUCUUUGGAACGCCGUAUGAACAUCACUAUAAAGGAGUUUUCACCUUGUACGAAAAUAAGGCGUGGAAACAAGAGAUACAAAUACAGACUAAACCUUGCGGACCUGGGAGCCGGGUUACCUGUGUCUGUGGUAUAGCUAUCCGUGUUGGACGUGAAGUUUACAGAAGAGAACAUUGUUCAGAUAAAUUUUGGAAAAGUGGAUACGCCCAGUGUGAUGGACCAACACGUAUUGACGUUCGACAACAUAGCGCCACUCAACAUAAGAUUCGCCUACCAAGUUCUACCACCAUUAAACUCGUGACAACUGGAAGUUUCCUGAAUGUCUACGUGAAUCCAUCGGUUGCUGACAAGGAUCGUGCUCAAGGAUUGUGUGGUCAAAUUACUACCAAUACGUUUAUUGGUAGAGAUAAAGAAGUCUCAAAUUAUCAGUGGUCUGGAAUGCCAAGGUUUUCAGAAUCUUGGGGGGUAGAGUCUACGAUAGACCUGUUUUCCGACAAAAUCGAAAAUCUACUGGGAGCUAAGGGUAAUCUGUUUUUAUGCAAGUGCGAUGAAACUAAGCUUACACAAAUUGUAUGUAAGAGCUCACAGAAAUGCGAGCCCAAGGAUAUAUAUGACUAUACAUCUAUUAAGGGCUGUGAGACGACCUACAUAGCAAAACGAUCGGUAGGAUACCAUUAUCGUGUACCAAGAUCGGUAAGAAACCCUUAUCGUGUACCACGAUCUUCAGAACAAUUACACAUCAGCAAGCGGCAGGCUGCAUAUCCUGUAUGGAUAAAUGGGUGGACAGAGAGGUCGGCUACAGAUUACUGUACUAGUCUAUUAAAGAAUUCAUCAACUGUUCAGAUCUGUAGCAAUACCGUGGCUACCGAUAUACAGGGACCACUUGAGAACUGUGUUCUUGAUAUAAAGCUGGUAGGAAACACGGCCUUUGCUCUGGUUGCCUUGGAAACUAUAAAAACCUCAUGUUUUCAUGAAGUAAGUUAUGAUACCAGAUUUCAACAAUCAACAACAAACCAACCAUCCAUCUUUGAUCAGAUUAAACUAGUAGCCUGUCCUUCAGAAUGUUCUCAUCAUGGUACCUGUAAUCAAGGAUUAUGUGACUGUAAUGAAGGAUACGGAAGCCUGGAUUGUUCAAUAUCGCUCAAGAUCCCACCAUUGAUAUAUUACCCACCAAAUUGUAGGAAUACAAAUUAUGGUGGUGAAUGUACUCAGCUUCGCCUUUUAGGGGGUGACUUUCUUGAUUCAGCGGCACUUGUUUGCAAACUUCUAAUUUUUGAAGACAGGAACAGAACGUCAACUCUUAUUUCCAACAUAACUGUUUCUGCUACAUAUGUGAGCGAAAACGAAGUUAUCUGCCCUGAUGGUUUAACCACUGCACAUGUCGUCUAUUCAGCAAACAGGAGAUAUAGAUAUAUAAAUGUUUCUGUCAGUAAUAACCGUCGGAUCUUCAGUGAACCAUUAGUGUUCUAUCCGGCAAUAGUAAAGCGACAUUCACGAAGCAAGGUAGUAGUUGGUGUAAGAAAAUGAAAACAACACAUACACGAUGGAAAUGCGAGAAGAAGAUGUUUUAUUAUUUCAGUAAUCUAAAAAGUAGUGCUUCAUAUAAUUAAUUUGUUUACAUCAUAUAUCUUCAUGUUGGUAGAGCCUAAAUAACCUAUCAUUGUUAAGACUUUGAGUAUUUUAACUGUAUUAUUAUUUUCUAUUUUUUACAAUUGCGCUUGUAGCAUAGAUUUGCUUCUUUUCAAUUGUGAAUCUUUUAUUAUAUAACGUUACCUGUAUGUGAUUAGAUAAUUUAGUUGAUCUUGGUUAAUCUAUAAUUGUUAUAAGAUUUCCGUAUUUUUACUUUAUUACUAUUUUCUUUUUAUACACCCGCAUUUGCAUGUAUAUUGUUGGGUAUCCUCUGUCCGUCUGUUCGCAUUUUGUUUGUGGACACUGUACAUGUCACAAUUUUUCUCCGAUUUUAAUAAAACUUGAAAUAUAGAUGUAUCCCCCAAGGACCUCGGUUCCUCACGAAAUUGGCAUGUAUCUGACCAUAACUUCAUGGAUUAUGACCCCAGAUUAUACGAAAAAUCUGGUUUUUAGCUUGUGGACACUCUAUUGGUCACAAUUGUUAUCCGAUUUUGAUGAAACUUGAAAUGCAACUUCAAAUCCCAAAGAUCUCGGUUCCUGUCGAUUUUCGUAACGUAACUUAUUGGAUUGUACGAAACAUCGCGUGUUUGGCUUGUGGACCCUCUAGAGAUCAAAAUUGUUAUCCGAUUUAAAACAAAAACGUUUACAUAUAUAUAUAUAUAUAUCCCUGUUAUACCAAAAUGAUGAUUCAGUUGGAAUUUCGUGAAAAUCGGACCGACACGCCGGACAAAAUGGCAGCUCCUCGAAUGCAAAUAGUGUAAACGUAUGGCAUAUCAAGUUUAUAGACCAUCUACAGGUCACAAUUUUGAUCCGAUUUUGAUGUGUAUGUUAAUAUGAAAAAGUCACAAUUCGUAUUCAAUUUUAAAAAUCGUUUAAAUAUAUCACCGUAACACCUCAUUAAAGGUUCCUUUAGAAAAUCACGCAUAUCGGAACGUAACUUCCUUAGCUUGUGGAUCCUCUAGAAGCCACAAUUUGUAUUCGAUUUUAAAAACCUUUUUAAUGUAUCACCGUAACACCUCAUUAAAGGUUCCCUUAGAAAAUCGCGCAUAUCGGAACCCCGUAACUUCCUCGAUUAUGACCACUGAUUGUUCGAAAAAUCACGUGUUUAGCUUGUGGAUCCUCUAGAAGCCACAAUUUAUAUUCAAUUUUAAAAAACGUUUAAAUAUAUUACCGUUACACCUAAUCAAAGGUUCAUUUAGAUAAUCGCGCAUAUCGGAACGUAACUUCGUCGAUUAUGGCCCUGAUUGUUCGAAAAAUCACGUUUUUAGCUUAUGGAUCCUCUAAAAGUCACAAUAAAAUAAAACCAAGUACGAACAAUCCAAACCAUUAGACAAAAUUCAAAGUCCUAAAAAAACGGUAUAGGCAAAAUAGUGUAAUAAGGCAAAAUAGUGUAAUCAGCAUAUGGACUGUUCACCGUCUUCAAUUUUAAAACCAUUUAAAUAUUCACCGUUAGACCUCAAUGAAAGUUGAGUUUGUUUAAAUUUCGUAAUGGCCGCCCCUUGGUUCCGUCCGAUAAUCACGCAUACUGGAACCUAACUGCCUGGAUUAUGACCCCUGUUUGUUCGCAAAAUCACCUUUUUAGCCUUUGGACCAUCUAGAAGUUACAAUUUGGGUUCAAUUUCAAAAACCGUUUACAUAUAUCUCCCUUACACAUCAAUGAACGUUGGGUUCGAACUUCAUAAAUAUCUGACCGAAACCGCCGGAGAAAAUGGCCGUUCCUUGUAAGCAAAUAGGUUGGGUUCGAAUUUCAUAAAAAUCUGACCGAAACCGCCGGUGAAAAUGGCCGUUCUUUGUAAGCAAAUAGUCUAAAUAUAAUACCAAGGUUGUGGACGCUCUAGAAGUCACAAUUUUUAUCCGAUUCUGAUGAAACUUGAAAUGUAUGUUUAUAUCACAAAGAUCUUAGUUCCUGUAGAUAUUCGUGCAUAUCGGACCGUAACUUCUUUGAUUAUGACCCCUGACUGUACAAAAAAAAUCACAUUUUCUUUUAUCUUUCUGUCUCUUGUAAAAUGUGGGCGUAUCUUGCCUGGCAACCGCUGUUGUUUUUUUUUUUACAAUUGUAGCAUUAUAUAUUUGCUUCUUUUCAUUUGUGAAUCAUUAAUUCGAUAAUGUUGUCUGUAUGUGUUUAGAAAAAUAGUGCGCAAAUAAAUACAACCACCUUAUAUAUGAUCAUUAUGUCUAUGUCUAGUCGUUCGGAUGGGACGAAAACCCGAGGUCCCAUGUACACAUUGACGUGCACCUAAAAGAUCCCUUGGCAGUUGGAAUUCGAUAUGAGAGUAGGCCGUAAGGCCGCCAUACCCGGGCAAAAUAUGGGAGUCAUUGGGAUUAUUGGGAGUCAUCCCCGAUGAUUCACGACAAUUGCUCGGGGGGGGGGGGGCAUUCCCAGACGUUUUGUGACCAUAGCCGAAGCAUCAGUGCACAUUCACCAGACCACGCCCGGUGCAUCUUAUGGGACUACUCCGUUCCUUUUGGGCAAAAACAUCGGGAGCCAUAGGGAGAAAAUUUGUUUAUUUCCAUAUCUCUUCUUUAAUUGGCAUUUAGUAAUUGAACAUAUUAACACAAGGUACAAUUUUAAUGAUACACAAUUAUAACUGAGUUUAAUACUAAGCGACUUUAUCAAGGAAAAUAUAUACAGAAUAUGCAACAAAAUAACAAUUAUAUAUAUAUAUAUAUAUAUAUAUAUAUAUAUAUAUAUUUGGUUAGGGGCCAUAUACACUGUGGAAACUCUUCAUCAAGAUUUUCCGGCGUAGUUGCCCCCUUGUCAGUGAUGCAGGACGGAGGGCUUGAUAAGGACAGCUGUGUAGUCGUUUGGAUGGGACGAAAACCGAGGUCCUGUGUACACAUUGGCAUGCACGUAAAGUAUCCCUUCACAGUUGGAAUUCGAUAUAAGAGCACACUGUAUGGCGUAUGCCCGUCUUCAUUAGCCCAGUUCGGAGCAGAACAGUAGGACGUGAAACCCCAUUUCAUUUCAAGAUAUACUAGAUCCCGCUGCAUGCCCUUUGCAUACUACAGGAAAUGGUUGCUAGUUAAGGACGAUCCCACGCUUAACUUAAAUAGUGUAUUUCAUGCAAGUAGUGUGUCUUAACAUUUAGUUUUAUGUCGAAUAAACAUACAUACUAGUUAAACUCGUCUUGUUAUGAAGAUCUUUUUAACAUUUAGAUUGAUGAAUUGUCGUUAAAAGAUUUGAUAUCAAUGUGUCAUAAACAAAUGUUCUAUAAACGGAAAUUUUAGUCCAAAAAUAUCUCGUUUUUAUAUGAAGAACUACUGGAUUUCUUCGUAUCAAGUAAAUAUCUUGAAAAUGUAAGUUAGUAUCUUAAACGUUUAAGUUAAUAACUUAAAAGUUUAAGUUAAUAUCUUAAAAGUUUAACUUCGUUUAAGUUAAUAUCAGAGUUUAUGUUAAUAUCUUUAAAGUUUAAGUUAAUAUUUUUAAAGUUUAAGUUAAUAUCUUUAAAGUUUAAGUUAAUAUAUUAGAUAUUUUAAGUUUUUAAAAGUUUAAGUUAAUAACUUACAAAAUUAUAACUUAAAAAGUUAGAGAUGCCUUCCAAUGUACAAACUGUAUGAUGUGAUGAUAUAUUUGGGCUAACAUAUUCAAACUAAUUAAUCUAUCAAAAAUUUGCCUCAAAUCCCUUUCAAAAUAUUGUAUUCGGGAGGAAGAACCCCAUGACGUAAAAAUCUAUUUCUAGAAGCCAUGUUUGUCACGUUACUUGAUUGAGGGAGGGUCCAUUUCAGAAUGUAUUUGUUGUUUUUUACUUUACAUUUACCGUACAUAUUGAAGCCUAAAUAAAUGAUUAUCCUCUGCCAAA